AUGAUUGGUAAAUAUAAAGGAUUUGUUACUCUUUUUGGCCAAAAUGUGAAACAUGAACUAUUAUCUUUUCAUUGUAUUGUUCAUCAAGAAGCUUUAUGUGUUCAAACAUUUCCAGUUAAAAUUAACCAAGUUAUAUCACUAGUUGUGAAAAUUACUAACAAAAUCAUAGCUUCAGCUCUGAACCAUGGACAGUUUCGUGCAUUACUUGAUGAAGUUAAUGCUCGAUACAAGGAUCUUCUAAUGUUCAGUAAUGUACGUUGGUUAUCGAGAGGGGCUGUUUUGAAGAGCUUUACAGAUUGUUUCGAACCCAUAAAAGAUUAUUUAACGAAUAAAGACAUAAAUUACCCUGAAUUUUACGAUGAUAUGUGGCUACAAAAAUUGUAUUUUUCUGUAGAUUUGACUUCAUUCCUAAAUCACUUAAAUAAAAAGCUUCAAGUUAAGGGAAAUACAGCACAUACGCUACUGGAAACUGUUCUUUCUUUCUUUCAACAACUUCAACUUUUUUCAGAAGAUAUUGACAGCGGAAAUCCUGAUCAUUUUGAAUCUUUAAAAGAGUACACCGAAAGCUCAGGUUAUGUUAUUGAUUUGAAGAUUUUCAAAAAUAUAAAUUCACGUUAA